GCCUGUGCACUGCUCCCGGCAGAGCUGCAUGUCCAGGAGAGCUGGAGGCCAGGGCUGUCUUGGGAGCAUGUGGUAGGGCUUUCCACCACCAGAAACCCAACAGGUUUCCCUGGGAAAAGGCAGGAGUGAAAGCUGCACUGUGUGGCUCCCACUGUGACUGAGCUUGUGUCCCAGAAGGAAAACUGGAGCACCCCAUCUUGCUUUUGCCAUUCAGCAUCACCAAUGGAGUGGAAUAUUCCGCUGGGCAGCAGAAACAGCCUUCCCAGGCGGCGGGCUGAGGUCUGUCCCCUCCCUGCCCGUGUGUCUGUAGAUCACCCUGCCCGAGCCCCUGGGGACUGCGGGCGGCUGUGGAGGCUCUGGGUGCUCUUGCCCUGGGCCUCGGGGGCAGGUGGGUGCCUGUGAGCCCUGCUGAGGCAGGAGGGGGACGGGCUAGGGAGGACCCUUUGUUAAGGACUAUGAAGUGAAAUUGUCCCCACGGUCCCUCCCUGAGACCUUCGGGUUCAGCUCCAGAGGCACUCCCCCAGUGGAACCCCAUUGUGGGUGGGAUGAGGUGGAGUGUGUCCUUGUUUCAUCCUGGUGUAGAAAAAAACGUCCUGCCGUGCUUUGCCUUUCCUUCCUUCCUUCCCCUUCCUCCUAUCCCCUUCCCCUUCUUCCCCUCCCCUGCCGUCCCCCGCGGGCCGGGCCGGGCCGGGCGGGGCCAGGCGGAGCCUUUCUCGCCCGGCGGGAGUCUUCCUCUCCCGGCGGGAUCUGCCGCUGCCAGCGCUUCGCGCAGGAGCUGGAGCAGGAGCCGCCUUCGGAGGGGGUGCUGGAGCCUGGCAGCGCCGCAGGAUGGACCUCCCUCACCUCAUGAGUCCUACCGACCUCCCCAAGCACAUCCUGGAUAUCUGGGUCAUCGUGUUGAUCAUCCUGGCCACCAUCCUCAUCAUGACAGCGCUGGUGCUGUGCCCGGCCACUGCCGUCAUCAUCUACCGAGUGCGGACACACCCCACGCGCAACGGCAUCGUGUGAGCCACGGGCACGGGGGCACGGCCAGCUCGCUGCACUGGGGGCUACAGUCAUGGGACCCUGUGCCAGGCACCUUGAUGGGGUACCCUGAGAGCUGCAGCCUGGGCAGGAGCUGGGGUGGGCCAGCACCCCGACCUGCUCCUGUGACUGGCUCUCGCUGGGUACCCACUGCUCGUCUUGCCCACUGAGCUCACAGGGACUGCGGGGAAAUGACAGCGUGGGCAGCAGUGGGGAGAGCCAUGACUUUGUGGACAUGUCCAGCUGGAAAUAUCUCACUCCAUGAGAGAGGCAGGCUGGUCUCACCUUCACUGGUGACACUGUCUCCUCCCAGGCAAGCAGCAAAGAGUGGAAAUGCCUGACAAAGUUAUUUCUCCUUUGGAGUCCCAGCUGUCAAGGUGGUUGGGGAAAAAAGAGUCAAAGCAAGAUGGAUGUGGCUUCUGAUUGUGCAUUUAGUGCUUGGCUAAAAGCAUCAGUGACAGAUCUUGUGCUGGCUGCACAGCAGACGUGCAGCUGGCACCAGCUUCUCCUCUACCCAUUAUCUGCAGAAAUGGUAGGAAAAUCCUGCAGGACUCUUGGUUCCUCUGGGUCUUGUGGGGCAGAGGAGUGUGUGCAGUUCCUGCCAGCCCUCCUGUCUGCCUGCUGGCUGCACUCCCCACUCCUGAUAAUGAGAGCUCCCACUGUUUGCCUAGCACACCAGCCCUGCUGGGGAGUCUGUGCAUGCCUCACCUUGGCAGGUAAAGCGGGAGGAGCAGGUUUGUGCCCAGCCAGUGGCAAGGGAUCAUGUAAGCUCUUGUAUUGCCCUUUGUUAUGAAAUAAAUGGACUUUAUCCUUCA